UAGGCCUAUAAGGAGUUCAUAAACAAGUCAAGUAGUCAAUGUUUCCUUCCCUUGCAUAGAGUAUGCCUUGAGUCUUGAUGGUUCCCAGAAUCAUAACAAUGUGGAGGACAACCAGUCCCAACCACUCAUAGUUGGGAUGGUUUUCAGCCUGGGGCAUCAUAGAAUAAGAUAAGAAAUACAACCCUCGGAAACUAUUCUUAAAACUAAAAGUUACAUUACGGUUACCGAUUGGUCAAAGUUAUUGACGAACUCGAGUCUAGACCAAUCACAGUACUCUUUAUUCCAGCGGUUUGGGUGAGUCAAAACAUUUAAAAUGGCGGAGAAGCGGAAGAUUUCUGCUGCUGGAAGCGGUGCAAAACGGAUUAAAGCUCUGUUCUCAUCGUUCAUACGGAAAGACCCAGUCAGUCCAGACAAAGAAAAUAGCACAGUUUCACUUGACAGUGAAAGAAUUGAGCCUGGUGAGGAGGCAACCGUUCCUGGCAUCAGCAGUCCUCAGAGUUCAAAUGAUACCACAGAUGGAGUUGUUCCAUGUAAGCAAGAGACGCCACAAAGAUGUUCUGUCAGACCCCUCGAUGCUGAAGCUUUCUUUGACAGAGUUGAAACCUUCACAGUCUCUGGAUGGUUUGCCAAACCCAAAGACCUGUCUCCCUUGUACUGUGCCAGAUAUGGCUGGGAAAACAGUGACAAAGACUUCCUUAAAUGUGUGAGCUGUAAAGAGAUACUGUAUGGAGGCCUGCCAGGUGUAUGGGAAACAGAGUCAUAUAGUCUAUCCUACAGUAAAUUGAAAGAAUCAUUGCGGAGUUCCCACAGCAAGAUCUGUCCAUGGCCUGACAGCCCCUCACCAGUGUCAUUUCAGAGUAUUCCACUUGAUGACAUCAAAAGUUCCAUCAAAGAAUUCUACAGCAGGGUAGACAGUUUGUAUCCACUUGGAGACAGGAUACCAGACAUUGACUGCAGUCCACUCCAGGACGAUGAGGAGUUUGACGUGGAUCAUGUCAAGAAGGUACUCCUACAAGCGGUUUCUGAAAGGGGGGAUGCAGCAGUCAUCAUUAGUGAAGAAAAAAAAACGGUGUGGCAGGCUGUGUGCUUGCUGGCUCUAUUUGGCUGGAGAAAAUGUCUUUCAGAGCAAACAGGUUGUCCAGUUUUAGUCUGUGAGUAUUGCAGACGUCACGCCGGGCUCUGGAACUUUGCAUCCUUCAAAGAUGCCACUCAGCAGUCCAGAUCGGUCACAGAGUCAAGUAGUCAGGACUCAACAGGAGAAUCACUAAACAAGAGAAUCAAGGAAAUUCAGCAGUCCUCCUUCAAUCUUGCCCUGGAACAUCGGUCUUGGUGCCCCUGGAUUCAACCCUCUCCAUUCCAGCCAAUGAAAAUUCAGAGAAUUUCAAACGAGCCAAUGAGGGAAGAGGAAAUACCAAAAGCCGAGCUCAUGUGGCAACAGCUGCUGUUCAUCAUGUUGAAGAAGAAUUCCCCAGAUACAUACGGAGCUCUAAAACCAGCUAUAAAUAAAGAAACAACUCCACCAAGUCAAACGUGGAAAGCUGUUCGACGAAUUCUGAAUGUUUGGCAGAGCAAGGAGACGACAGAUGCUUCAAAACAAGACACCAAGUCAAGCUGAGGGCUGCAGCUGGUACUUAUUAUUCAGUGUUUUGUUUGG